AUGUUCGGAGCCAUCUGCGCCGGCCGCGCAGUCCAAACCAACAUCCAAGCCGUUUCCGACACGCAAUUUAUUUUUCAUCUCCCCUCACCCUCCACGAUCAAUCACCUCGUUGUUUUCCUACUUCCAGAGGCUGCCGCACUCUUACCUCCAACCCACGGUGCGACAGUCCACAUCCAAUUCCCCAACAAACCCUUCCAACUCCUCGGCGCGAUCUCGCUCUCGAAGCCGAGCGCCAUCUUCCGGCUUCGAUCUACGGCGGGCGCAGCUCAAGGCACCGAGGGUGCGGAUGGUAUGAUGGACGAUGCCGCGGCGCUUGCAGUCGGCGAUGGUGAGGCAAUACUGGGGAUCUCAGUGGAGCCUCUGGAGAGCGUGCAGGCGCAGGUAGCAGCGCUCGAAGGCGCGCUGGUGGUGAAGAGUUCUACGGGCCCGCCGCCGACGACGGUACUCGCCAGGAGAAUCAUAAAAAAUGCGUUCAAUUUCUUGUCGAGCUUUGCGACAGGAAGCGCGAGCGGGGAUGUAGUCCCGCUCAAGAGCUUCCAGGACUGGUGGGUAAAGUUUGAAAAGAAGAUUGAGUAUGACCCUACAUUUCUUGAGAGGGACGAUGAGUAG